AUGCACAUCUUUGCGCUCAAGAGGGAAGGAUGGACAGCCGAGGGUUGGAAGAUCAGGAGAGGUUUCAGGGUUCAGAUGGGGAGAGUGUGGGGUGAGGCGAAGGUCGAGGAUGAGAGAAAGGGAGCAGGAGAGGGAAUGGGCGAUAAAACGAAGGCUGACAGGAAUGGCAGUGAGGAUGGGACGCUGCAGCCGAGCGUACCGGCGUCGACGCAGCCCGAAGCUGGCCCCUCCGGUCGACCUGCAUCAACGUCGACACCAGCACAAGUAGAGGAAGACGUCGGCGUACUGAGCGAAGCCCUCUCCCCUCUUAAGAAACGAAGACGCCCUCCAUUGAUCGCUCGCACGUCCUCAAGCUACAGCGCCAAUGGCCCUGGCCCCACAUCUGGGAUGAGGCAUCCUGCUGUGCAGUCCCCUACGCCGUUCUCUCCGGUAGUCAAGACGCCCAAAGUCAAGACGAUCAAACUUACAGAGACGCCAAAGGCGAGCGCAGGCGACCAGCUUCUGUGGUCCCCUCAGCCGGCUGCUGCGCUUCGCAGGCUUGCGCUUACUAAGGUGGGCGGGACGAAUAGCAGGGCGUUGACGAUGGGGUCGGAUGAGGCGGCGACGGCACCAUCUUCGUUGGGAGCGGCAGCAUCAGCAUCAGCAUCAGCAUCAGCAUCAGCAUUGUCACAGUCGGCCUCAGCGCCUCUCACCAACGGCGAUCUCAGUAGCGGCCCAAUCACCGACUCUCGCCCACCGGGCUCGCGGCUUCUCCCACCUGGCAAGGACCCAAAAAAGAGCCUGCUCGCCCGAAGUCGCAUCGUUUCGAGGGGAGGAGCGAAGGGCAACCUCGCGAAUGAGGCAGGAGGCCAAUCGUCACCAUCGGCUACCACUCGCAGGUCGAAGCCAAAAGGUCCGAAAGGCGCUGCCUUCAUAAUCGACUGUAGUGGAGGAACGACGACUUCGAGUUCGAGCGAUGCUGCUCCUCCUUCUCGCCCUCGUUUAGGUUUUGAAUCUCUAGGAGAGAGGGGAGAAGCGCUGCCUGGCUGGCAGUGGUAUCAGUGCGAAGUCGCUGUGCCAUGUUAUUUAGGGUCCUGA